AUGGCUGCUCGCUACUCGACAGACAGCUCGCCCACCGUCGUCGCACCACCCGCUGGCGUCCCCAAGGCGCCGUCGACCCCGCCCUCCUCCUCAUCAGCCUCGUCACUCGACGGCGACCCCUCUGUCGACACCCAAGCCCUGUACCGCACCUCUCCCGCCCUCACCUUCCCGCGCAACCUCCUCUACGCCAUCGCCCAGUUCUCCCUCGUCCUCGUCCUCCUCCCGUACCACUUUGUCCUGUUCGCCCUCGUCCCGCGCAGGCGCUGGCGCGCCUCGUGGACCCUCACCGACGCCGCCCUCAUGCCCGCCGUCAAGCGCAUCAUGAGCACGAUGGACACGUGCGGGUACAAGAUCGGCGCGAGGAGGACCGACGCGGCGCCCGGGGCGGUCGGCAGGUGGUGGAUCCGCGUGCGGCACGGCGUGCGGUUCGAGUGGGUCGACGGGCUCGAGAGCACGCUCGUCGGGGGUGUGCUCGCCGAUGACCAGGUCAGGGUGCGCGACAAGGUGGGGGUGUACAGCUGGACGAGGGAGGGCGUCGACGAGCGCGAGGGGCUUGUCGGGCUUUGGCUUCACGGCGGCGCUUAUACGCACAACUCGGCGCACCCGGGCGCGUCCAGCUCUGCGAUUCCUUCGACUAUCUUCAAGCGGGAACCGCGCUUCUCGUCGAUCCACGCCGUCGAGUACCGCCUCCUCCCCGACUCGCCCUUCCCCGCCGCGCUGCAGGACGCCGCCGCAGCGUACGUCUCGCUCCUGCGACGAGGGGUCCGAGGGUCGCAGGUCGUCGUCAUGGGCGACUCGAGCGGCGGGCACUUGGCGCUCGCGCUGACGAGGUGGGUCAAGGAGACGAGGGAGGAGCGCGGACCGGAGUGGGAGGAGGAGGGAGGGUGGAAGUUGGAGGAGCCGGCAGGGCUCGUCUUGUUCUCGCCCUGGACCGACCCUUCACACUCUUACCUCGGCCACACUGCCUCGACCUACGUCCCUCGCAAGAACUCGUCCGACUACAUCUUCGAGUCGCCCCAGUUCCGCCUCCACCUCGUCACCUCGCUCCUCGGCUCGCGCCCCUCGUCCUUCGUCCUCUCGCCGUACCUCUCGCCCGGCGCCCGCUCGCUCGCGCUCGGCGCCCUCGCCGGCUUCCCGCCGACGUUCGUGCACUACGGGACGAGCGACCGGUGCGAGGAGGAGGGCGAGAGGCUCGUGCGCCAUUUGGAGAGGGACGGCGUCCGGGUCGACAAGGUCGUGACGGCCGACACGCCGCACGACUUGAUGCUGCUCGCCACGGUGUGGAACAAGCGCCAGGUCGAGCAGGUGUGGGAGGGCGUCUUGCGGUUCACGAGCGGGCUCGGACGGUAGACGGAGCCAGGCGGGACGAGAGCUCUCUCGAGCAGACCGUUCGCGAGAGGAGAAUAGAACGGGCCGGCCGUGUUGCACCUCAUCUUUAUCCCAU